CUCUCCGUGGCACCGCUCACCCGAUCUCCGGGGCGGCCCCGCGUAUCGGAUCGGGUUCCCAGCCCCCGGGAUCGCCUUACGGGCUGCCCAUCCAUAAUUCAGCAGCAGCGGCGCGAUGCGGCGGGCGGGCAGGCGCGGCAGGGAGGCCCAGGAGGAACGCCCCAUGGAGAACGGCGUGGGGCAGGAGCCGGGGGUCCCCGAGCCGCCCCCCGCCGAGGGCACCUCGGCCCCACGGCCGCCCCGCGCCCGCCCUCGCCUGGUGUUCCGCACCCAGCUGGCCCACGGCAGCCCCACGGGGCGCAUCGAGGGCUUCACCAACGUCAAGGAGCUCUACGGGAAGAUCGCCGAGGUGUUCGGCAUCUCCCCCACCGAGAUCCUCUUUUGCACGCUCAACACGCACAAAGUGGACAUGCAGAAGCUGCUGGGGGGGCAGAUCGGGCUGGAGGAUUUCAUCUUUGCCCACGUCCGUGGUGAAACGAAGGAGGUGGAGGUGACCAAGACCGAGGACGCGCUGGGGCUCACCAUCACCGACAACGGCGCUGGCUACGCCUUCAUCAAGGUGAAAAUGUGUGGGGCUGAGGGGGGGGUCUGCCCUGACCUGGGGGUGACUCCCUGUUUUGGGGUCUCCCUGCCUAAAUCCGAAAAGGAAAUUGCUGUGUGGAGGGGUGGGGUGUCACCGUGUGCCCCCCUCCGCCAGCGAAUCAAGGAGGGAAGCAUCAUCAACCGCAUCCAGGCGGUGUGUGUGGGCGACAGCAUCGAGGCCAUCAACGACCACACCAUCGUGGGCUGCCGGCACUACGAGGUGGCCCGCAUGCUGCGCGAGCUGCCCCGCGCUCAGCCCUUCACCCUGCGCCUGGUGCAGCCCAAAAAGGCUUUUGACAUGAUCGGGCAGAGGACGCGGAGCAGCAGCAAGUGCCCACCUGAAGGCCGAGUGUCCAGCGGGAAGGAGACACUGCGACUGCGUGCCCAGGGCCCGGCCACGCUGCAGGAGGGGCCCAGCGCCGUGGAGGAAGAGGCCGCGCGCCGCGUGGACGACCUGCUGGAGAGCUACAUGGGCAUCCGCGACUGCGAGCUGGCUGCGACCAUGGUGGAGAUGGCCAAAUGCAGCCCCUCUGCCGCCGCGCUCGCCUGCGCCGUCGACUCAGUGCUGGGAGAGUUUGCCUUCCCCCAGGAGUUCGUGGCUGAGGUGUGGGCGGCCGUCUGCAGCCCCCAGGGUGGGCAGGAGUAGCUGGGGGGCGGCCAGGUCCCC